CCUUGGACCAAUGGCAAGCCGCGCUUGGCUCUGCACGCACAGUCGGAUUUUUAUCCUCAGAACAUAGUCGACGAAGUCUGCAAGUUGUAGAUUUUGUCUCUCGGAUACGGCCAAAUUCGAAGAGCCAGACUGGAGUCGCAAGUAUAGCAGUUUCUCCCCCAGGACGGCCCAUUACGGUUACAGUACGCUGUACUGUUCGACAUUGCACGAGUCCCCAACCCAAUAUGAUUGCGGACGUGACCUGUGAGAGUGGCGCGGUGGCCAUGCCCGGCGGCAGCGGUGAUGCCGACACGGUGGAGAGCGGAGCGUCUUCGUCUUCCAACACCUUCAGCUACGACGAAGUGUUUCCAGCCCUCCCCGAGAAAGAGGCCCUUCAGGAAAUGUCGAGCUCUGCCAGCAACCUCGGCCAGUGGAACCAGAAGAUGCACGUCAAGUCUUCCGUCAUAACCCAGAUCUUCCAAGUGCCGAGCGAGGAGCGCCGUUUCCACGAGACGAGCUCGCAGCGCUUCGGGGAGCUCGGGGAGCAGGCCAAGAUCUGUGCGGACAUCAUGAGGGAUACCAGCACCACUAUCGAAGUGAGCUCCUCCAAGGACCACUCCCUGACCGUUCUCAUCACCGGCAAGGAGAACAACGUCCUGUCGGCCCGGGCGGCCAUCCUGCGCCACCUUCAGACCCAAGCCUCUGUGUCUCUGUCCAUCCCCAAGGAGUAUCACCGGUUCAUCCUCGGCAAGAGCGGCAAGAACCUGGCCAAGCUGGAGCAGGAGACCUCCACCAAGAUUGACGUGCCACGUUUGGACGAGAACUCAGACAUAAUCAAGAUCACCGGACCCAAGGAAGGCAUCGACAGGGCUUGCGAAGUGAUACAAAACAUGUCCGAUGAACGGUCGAAACAAGCAUCGGAGAAGCUGCAGGUGGAACGCAUCUACCAUCCUUUCAUUUCUGGGCCUUACGGAAGCAAAGUGAAGGCCCUCGAGACGGAAACCAACACACGCAUUCGUCUGGACAGAGAAAGGGAUGAAGUGACCAUCAGCGGGGAUAAGGAGAGCGUUGCCAUAGCCAAGGAAGACAUCAUGAAAAUCUACGAGGACAUGAAACUUCGGUCUCAAGUGGUGAGCGUGGAGGUGCAGAAGUCCCAGCACAAGUACAUCCUCGGUCACCGAGGGCUCCAGGAGAUCUUCGAAGAGACCGGCGUGUGGGUAGAAGUUCCCGGCCCCGAGGUCCCUUGUGACACCAUCACCCUGAGGGGAGACCCACAGAACCUGGGACAGGGCCUCUCGCUCGUCUACAAGAAGGCAAAUAGUGUUGUGAUCAAAGAAAUCCCGGCAAAGAGUUGGAUGCAUAAAUAUAUUAUUGGCAAGAAAGGCGAAAACAUAAAGAAAAUCACAUUGGAUCAUGCGAAGACACACGUGGAGUUCCUUGAGGAUGACGACAAGAUCCGCAUUGAGGGACCCGUCGAGGACAUCGAUGUGGUGAAAGCUGCGCUGGAAGAGAACGUCAAGGAGCUUCAAAGCAAGAUGGACUGCGUGGAAAUCCAAGUCAACCCGCAAUACCAUAGGCAUAUCAUUGGCAGGUCCGGAGCAAAUGUAAACCGGUUGAAACAAGAGCUGAACGUCACGAUCCACAUCCCCGCCGAUGGCGAGCGCUGCCCUACGAUCCGCAUCGAAGGCCCUCCUCAGGGCGUUGCUCAGGCCAAGGAGGAGCUGCUCGACAUGGUACACAAGCUCGAGAGCGAAGUGACCCGAGAGCUGGUGGUGGAGCCACGCUUCCACCGCACACUCAUUGGUGCCAAGGGGGAAAGCAUACAGGAGGUGCGCAGGCUCUUCAACCAGGUGAACGUAACGUUUCCGGAACCUGGUGCCAGAUCGGACCGCGUCCUGAUCCGCGGUCCUCGUGAGGAUGUGGAGGCGUGCUACAGGCAUCUCUCACAAGUUUGCCGUGACCUGGCCCAGUCGAGUCAUAAGGUUGACCUGCCGGUGUUCAAGCAGUUCUUGAAGCACAUCCAGACCAAGGGACGCUCCAUGCUUCGAAAGAUUCAGCAGGAGACUGAAACUAGGAUCGAGCUGCCACCCGAAAACAGCAAUUCGGACGUCAUCAGCAUUACGGGCAAGAAGGAAAACGUCGCAGCAGCGAAAGAAAGGAUUGUCGAGGCACAGAAGGAAUUGGCAGAUGUGGUGGAGGUGACUCUGAUGAUCUCGGCUAACCUCCACAACUCCCUGAUCGGGGCCAAGGGGAGGUUAAUCCACUCCAUCAUGGAAGAGUGCGGCCGCGUCCACAUAGCGUUCCCGCCUCAGGACUCCAACAGCGACAGGGUGACUCUGUGUGGCCCCAAGGAAGACGUGGAUCGCGCCAAGAGGCAGCUACUUGACUUGGCCACUGAGAAGCAACUUUCCAGCUUCACGGCGGAGGUGCGGGCGAGGCCGGAACACCAUCGGUUCCUGAUUGGCAAAAAUGGGACGAAUAUUAAGAAAGUGAGAGAGAAGACCGGUGCCCGCGUGGUAUUCCCGACAGAGAGGGAUGAGAACCAAGAUCUCAUUACCAUCAUCGGCAAAAAGGAAUGUGUGCUCGAAGCUAAGAAGGAGCUGGAAGCCAUGAUAGAGGAGCUGGAAAAUGUGGUUCAAGAAAAGAUGCACGUUGAUGUGAAGCAUCACAGGCAUUUUGUGGCCCGUCGGGGUGAGGAACUCAGGCUGAUUGGAGAAGAGUUUGGAGGGGUCCAAGUGAGCUUCCCACGUAGCGGAGAACAGAAUGACGUCGUCUCGCUCAAAGGUGCGAAGGAAUGUGUCCAGGGGGCCAAGCAACGGAUCCUGGAUAUUGUCAAAGAGCUCGAGUCCCGUGUGUCGAUAGAGUGCAUCAUUCCUCAGCAGCACCACAGGUCGAUAAUGGGGGCCAAGGGACACAAAGUCCAGCGCAUCCAGCAGGACCACAACGUGCACAUAAAAUUCCCGGAGCGGAGUAACCGGGAUAGAGACGCGUUGGAGAACGGGGAGGUGAACGGGGACGUCGAGGCGCCCGCGGAGAACGAGGACCCGAACCGCGUACGCAAGGAGGACAUCAUCGUCAUCACAGGAAAGCAGGAAGACUGCGAAGGAGCCAAGGAAGCCCUCCUGUCCCUAAUACCCGUGACGAGAGAGGUUGAGGUUCCCUUGAAGCUCCAUCGGUUCAUCAUCGGCCAGAAAGGAGCCGGAGUUCGCCGGCUAAAAGAGGACCACGACGUGACCAUCAUCGUGCCCCCCGUGGUGGACGAGAGCAACGUCCUGCAGGUGUCCGGUUCGCCGGCAAACGUAGAGGCUGCCUGCCAGGCCAUCGCGGAGCGUGUCGAGCAGCUCAUGGAAGAGGAAGAGGAGAGGAAAUUGCGCAGUUUUGCCGUAGAAGUGGAGGUUCCUUCCAAGUACCACCCCAAGAUCAUUGGCCUGAGGGGUGCAGUGGUGACCAAGAUCCGCAAGGAACACGGGGUCCAAAUCCAGUUCCCCGACAAAGGAGCUCCGAACGAGGACCUGAUCGUCAUCACUGGCUACGAGAAGAAUGCGGAGGCAGCUAAAGAGGAGAUCCUGCGUAUCGUCAAGGAAUGGGAGGCCAUGGUAACUCGCGAGGUCGAGAUCGACCACCGCGUGCACUCCCGGCUCAUUGGUGCACGCGGACGGAACAUCCGCAAGCUGAUGGAGCAGCACAAGGUGGAGAUUAAGUUUCCCCGAGCGGAAGAUGCCAACAAAGACCUCGUGCAAGUGACUGGGUCCGAGGAGGCUGUGGAGGAAGUCAUCGACCACUUGAAAGACAUCGAGGAUACCUAUAUCGAAGAGGUAAUCGAUCAAGAGAACUACCGGGCCGCACGCUCGCUGUCCAGCUCCAACCAGAACGGGGGCUUCAGAAGCGGCAACCACGAGAACCAGCACCAGCAGAGCCGGGAGUUCGUCGUCCGCGGAGGGCCCUGGGAGCAGCGGGCUCCCGACACCACCAGCACCCAGGAGUUCCCCUCUUUUGGGGGCGGGCCCCCCAUGGAGGCUGUCGCCAGCAAGCCCAUCCCCUGGGGACCCCGUCGUUAGCGGGGAUGUCCCUGCUUUACCCCAGACUGCCACGUCCCCCUGCAGCACACAAAAUGUGUUUGACUUUGUUUGCCUACUACAUAUAUAAUCUCUAGACGAGAUCAUCACGUUGAAGCAAGUGUAUCGCGUGACCACAAUUUAGCUCAAAAAAAGAGGGGGGUCGAUGAAUUUUCGCAAAACAAUUACAGCGGGGGGAAAACUGUAUUGAUCGUGGCUUUAGACUCUGUUGCUGCCCAACGUUGCAAAAUUUUGGGAAUUCUGCCGAGUCCCGAUUCAGUUACGGUUCCCGGGGACGGCGGCGCCGAAUUUCAGGUGCCCCGCGUAACUCGAUGCUGACUCGAUGCGCGUCCGAGCAAACGUUUCAUUUCCGUUUUUUUUUUUUUUAUUCCUCUCCUCUCGUAUUCCUUUCUCUUUUCCAUUACAUGAAAUUGUAAGUCUUGUUUUGGUUUAAAACUUCCAACUGGUGCUAUAUUGUUGGUUUGCAUGAAUGACUCUGUUGCCAGACUGUUGCUGUUCAUGCUUUGUUGAAGAACGUUUUGUUUUUUUGUUGGACUGAAGGUAGCGUUUACGAGGCGUUCUGGAGGAGGGACUGGCGCAACUCGGGGCAGCGUAGAAUUUUUUUGCGAAUUCCGUUCCGCGAAUUCCGCCGCAUGGGCGUGCUGAAAGCAGCUUUUUUUUUUUUACGUUGAUUUUUUGUGUGAAGGGAGGCAGUUUACUUCACAGCUGUGUAAUCGUGGAAAACGGUGGAGGUCGUCUGCUCCAUGGUAGAUAACUGGGCCGCAACGGCCAAAUUUUUAAAUCUGAACUGUACAUAAAGUGAGUUGGGUACUGGAGUAUUUGCUAUCUUGUCUCCUGAUGUGGAUAAAGGAAACUUCUGUCUUUACGUGCGGCUCCUAUGUUGCCAUAUCGGAUGUGUUGAACACAAAGUUGCUUUUAGAAAGAACAAAAGUUUUUUUGCUCACUUUGCAGAAGGGCUAGUCUCGCCUUCUCGUUAACAGCUUGGGGGGGGUCUGUUGCAACCUCUAGUGUAUUUCUCAUCUGUGGUUGCAAAAGUCUCAAGUAUGUUUUUGAUAGGAAUUAUUUACGAAGUUUGAGAAGUUUUAUUUGCAAUGCUACGGGCAUAUUGCUGUGCUUUUCUGCGAGGCUUUCUUUUUUGUGUGUAGGGAAGCUGGUACUUGGCUAUUGCGAUGACUGGUCACGUGCGAAGGGUGGGGAAUCUAGCAAAAAAAAAAAAAGCUGUGGUUGUGCAGGGGAGUCUGCAGCUGGCAGAUUGCAUAAUAAAUAUGUCAGGCCCUGGGAAGUCCAGUGUGGGGAGGUUUCUAUGCAGUCGUUGUGACAGUGUCAUUGUAUAUUCAAAAGAGUUAUAUUGAUAUAAAAAAUAAAAGGCAUAAAGUAGCCAAGUGUAA